AUGGAGGUGCCAACCCUUCCGCCGAGCCAUGAGUCCGAAGCGCCAACCUCUCCGGGCCGCUCGAAGCCAAUCCCCAAGCCAGAUCGAGAAGUCACAAAGGGCCCCAACGGACGUUUUGUUUGCACCUACGAGAACUGCACGGAGGAGAUCCGAGAUUUUGGGAGAAAGUGCGAGUGGUCGAAACACAUGGAUAAACACGAUCGACCAUACAAGUGUCCAGCCGAGGGUUGCGAAAAACUGCCAGGCUUCACGUAUUCCGGUGGCCUCCUUCGACACGAGCGCGAGGUACAUAACAAACACGGCGGACCAAGAAAACAACUGAACUGCCCACACCCGAACUGCAAGCGCCACACCGGAAAAGGUUUUUCGCGUCAAGAGAACUUAAAUGAGCAUCUGAGGCGGGUCCAUACUGAUACUAGCCUUCAAGAUGGCGAACUCACAGAGGAUGAUGAAGAUAACAAGACUGGUCAGAAGAGAAAACGUAGCGGAAUGGCUCGAGGGAGCAGUGAUGAUCUUCGCGAAGAGAUGAAGCGCCUGAAGGCCGAGAACGAGGAGUUAAGACGACAAUCAGAGGCGCAAAAUGCCCAGACUAAUGAGAUGAUGCGCCAAAUUCAACAGGUUCGUCUUCCACAUCUCCUUGACCAGAGAACUGCGGCUGACAACGAGGAACAGUUACAGCAAGCCCAACUUCAGGCUCAGCUUCAGCAUUCGCGUAUGCCGCCGGCCAGCAUGCUUUGA